AUGUCAGUGUGGAGUUGCCGGUUCCUUUACAUACCCACCACCAUCCGCCUUUCUGCAUCACUCCCCUUCUCCUUCUCCUCCCCUUCUUCUUCUUCCUUCCCUCGGAAUUCACGAUUCUUUCCUUCGGCGUCCCUCUACUUCCGAUCCACUCGCUCUGCGAUUCUCCAAAGGGCCUUUUCUUCCUCCGCCGCCGGCGCAACCACCGCCAUGGGUGACGCUCCCGAUGCUGGCAUGGACGCUGUCCAGCGACGUCUCAUGUUUGAAGACGAGUGCAUUUUGGUGAAUGAGGAUGAUAAGGUUGUGGGCCAUGAUUCCAAGUAUAACUGUCAUUUGUGGGAAAAUAUCGAGAAGGGCAAUGCAUUGCACAGAGCUUUUAGUGUGUUUCUGUUCAAUUCCAAGUAUGAGCUGCUCCUUCAGCAACGAUCGGCAACAAAGGUAACUUUCCCCCUUGUUUGGACAAACACUUGUUGCAGCCACCCUUUGCAUCGAGAGUCCGAGCUCGUGGAUGAAGAAUCUCUUGGUGUGAGGAAUGCUGCCCAAAGGAAGCUUCUGGAUGAACUCGGUAUUCCUGCUGAGGAUGUGCCGGUGGAUCAAUUCAUGCCCCUGGGACGAAUGCUGUACAAGGCCCCUUCUGAUGGGAAGUGGGGAGAGCAUGAACUUGAUUACCUGCUCUUCAUUGUUCGCGAUGUGAACGUGAACCCGAACCCAGAUGAGGUGGCGGAAAUCAAGUACGUGAAUCGGGAGGAGCUGCGAGAGCUGUUGAGGAAAGCAGAUGCAGGCGAGGGAGGCUUGAAACUGUCGCCAUGGUUCAGGCUAGUUGUGGACAACUUCUUGUUCAAGUGGUGGGAUCAGGUGGAGAAGGGAACCCUCAAGGAUGCAGCUGACAUGAAAAUUCACAAGCUUGAAUGA